AGCAGACAGGCAGAGUUGGGGGGGUGUGCGGGGAAAAAAAUGCAAGUGUAAAGUCUUUGAAGCAUGUAGGGCGACCCGGGGGCUCCCAGAAACGGCACCUCAGGUCUGAGGCCAUGAACGCGAGCGGCGAGGGCGACAGCUUCUCAGGGUCGGUGCAAAUCCCCGGAGGCACCGCGGUCCUGGUAGAGCUGACACCGGACAUCCACAUCUGCGGUAUCUGUAAGCAGCAGUUCAGCAACCUGGAUGCCUUCGUAGCUCACAAGCAGAGCGGCUGCCAGCUGACCAGCACGCCGGUGACAGCCCCCAGCACGGUCCAGUUUGUGUCGGAGGAGACAGUGCCUGCCACCCAGACCCAGACCACCACAACGACCAUCAGUUCGGAGACACAGACCAUCACAGUUUCAGCUCCAGAAUUCGUCUUUGAACAUGGCUAUCAAACUUACCUGCCCACGGAGAGCAACGAAAACCAGACAGCCACCGUGAUCUCGCUCCCUGCCAGGACACGUGCCAAGAAGCCCACCACGUCCCUUGGGCAGAAGAGACUGGGCUGCUGCUAUCCAGGUUGCCAGUUCAAGACUGCCUAUGGCAUGAAGGACAUGGAGCGCCACCUGAAGAUCCACACAGGUGACAAACCCCACAAGUGCGAGGUGUGCGGGAAGUGCUUCAGCCGGAAGGACAAGCUGAAAACGCACAUGCGCUGCCACACGGGCGUCAAGCCCUACAAGUGCAAGACGUGCGACUACGCGGCCGCCGACAGCAGCAGCCUCAACAAGCACCUGCGCAUCCACUCGGACGAGCGGCCCUUCAAGUGCCAGAUCUGCCCCUACGCCAGCCGCAACUCCAGCCAGCUCACCGUGCACCUGCGCUCGCACACGGGGGACGCCCCCUUCCAGUGCUGGCUCUGUAGUGCCAAGUUCAAAAUCAGCUCCGACUUGAAAAGGCACAUGCGCGUGCACUCGGGGGAGAAGCCCUUCAAAUGCGAGUUCUGCAACGUCCGCUGCACCAUGAAGGGGAACCUCAAGUCGCACAUCCGCAUCAAACACAGCGGCAACAACUUCAAGUGUCCGCACUGCGACUUCCUGGGGGACAGCAAAUCAACCCUGCGGAAGCACAGCCGCUUGCACCAAUCGGAGCACCCAGAAAAGUGCCCGGAGUGCAGCUACUCCUGUUCCAGCAAGGCUGCCCUGCGUGUGCACGAGCGCAUUCAUUGCACUGAGCGCCCGUUCAAGUGCAACUACUGCAGCUUCGACACCAAGCAACCCAGUAACCUGAGCAAACAUAUGAAGAAGUUCCACGCGGACAUGCUCAAGACCGAGGCCCCCGAGAGGAAGGACUCCGGCAGGCAGAGCAGCCGGCAGGUGACCAAGCUGGAUGCCAAGAAGACGUUCCACUGUGACAUUUGCGACGCCUCGUUCAUGCGGGAGGACUCGCUCCGCAGCCACAAGAGGCAGCACAGUGAGUACCACGACAGUAAGAACUCGGACGUGACGGUCGUGCAGCUUCACCUUGACCCCAGCAAGCAGCCGGCUGCACCCCUCACUGUGGAGCAUCUCCAGGUCCCCCUCCAGACCAGCCAGGUGUCUCAGUUCAGCGAGGGGAGGGUCAAGAUCAUCGUGGGGCAUCAGGUACCUCAGACUAACACCAUCGUCCAAGCCGCUGCGGCGGCUGUCAACAUCGUGCCCCCCACCCUGGUAGCCCAGACCCCAGAGGAGCUCCCGGGGAAUGGCCGCCUGCAGAUCCUACGCCAGGUCAGUCUCAUCGCCCCUCCUCAGCCUUCUGGGUGUCCUGGCGAAGCAGGGGCCCUGAGUCAGCCAACCGUUCUGCUGACCACCCAUGACCAGACCGCGGGGACCACCCUGCAGCAGAGUCUGAUCCCUACCACCCCAGCUGGGACCCAGGAAGGCACAGGAAACCAGACGUUCAUUGCCAGUUCGGGCAUCACUUGCACGGACUUGGAAGGCCUUAACGCUCUGAUUCAGGAGGGAACUGCAGAAGUGACCGUGGUGAGCGAUGGAGGCCAGAGCAUCACGGUGGCCACCACAGCGCCCUCUAUAUUCUCCUCUCAGCAAGAACUGCCCAAGCAGACUUAUUCCAUCAUCCAUGGGACUGCACACCCUGCCCUGCUCUGCCCGGCUGAUUCUAUACCAGACUAGUACUUAAGAUAUUCAAAACAUUUUGGAGGGGAGGGAUGCUAUCAGAGAAACUACAAGAAGAAUGUUGUGAGAGGCUCCUCGUAAUUGUAUUUUAUAUGGUUUAUGUAAUUUUUUAACAGAGAAACAACAUGGAGACCAUCCUGAUUCCUCCUUCAAGCUGUUACAUUGUCUGAAAGGUUACCACUGCUGAUUCCAGUAGGAGUAGGAGCUCACUGCAGGAGGGACUAGAUGUGUUUGUUUGUUAACAGUUUGAUUUCCCAUCUUCCAGAUUUGAUUCUCCAACUAGAAUAAAGGUGUUUGGGUUUGGGGUUUCCAUCGCACUCGGUUUGUAUAGUAGGUGAUGGUACUUAGCUUCCCGGGAGCCCCUUCUGGAAUUACAGACACAUACAGAGUCCCGAAUACUUGUGUAGUGCAUAGAUCCCUAUUAGUCCCUGCAUAGAUCCAAAUCUAUAUCAGACCAUUUCUAACAAGAGUGUUGGAGAUGGGGAUCUGAAGGGAAUAGUGUCCUAAUGCCUGGUUAAAAUAUGUUCCCUAGUGAUCGUUUGUUACAGCUCCACAUGGGUAUAGGAUUGUGAAGUUUUUAACUUAUUUUGUAAAGAGUGUGUGUGUGUGUGUGUGCGCGCGCGUGUGUGUGCAUGAGAGUGGGUACCCACAGGAGCCAGAAAGGGCGUCAGAUCCCCCUGGAGCUGGAGUUACCAGUGAUUGUGAGCUGGCUUGGGUUCUGGGAAGGAAACUUGAAUCCGUGCACAUACUCUUUGUGAUCAUCUCCCCAGCCCUGUGGACUCUUCUGUCAUCACGGGGGACUUGGCACAGCUGGGGUCUGGGGUCUUCUCUUAAAUACUUCCCUUCUUCAGCUAUGUCUAAUACAUUCCAUGUCUCAAGUGACCCAAACUCCUUCGUCUUUAUUUUUGUUUUUGUGACAAGGUCUCACUCUGUAGCCCAGGCUGGCCUCAAAUUCAAGACCCAGAGGAUUGGCCUUCUGCCUCCUGGGAUUACAGGCCUGCAUGCUGCUCGCCUCAUGUGGCUCCGGCCCAACUGUGCUUUGAAACUGCAGUCCUCAUGACGGUCCUGACAUUUCUGUUUAGAUGUAAACAGAGUGUAGGAUCCUAGUAAGGUUUGACUGGGUUUUCCAGGAUGUGGUUUCUUAAAUGUCUAUCUCUGUUCAGGGUCUAAAUGAGAGAAGGAUUACGUUGUUGAGAAGCGUGAGCCACACUGAGAAAUUCAAAUUUCCUUUUUGAAUUGAAAUGACGUUUGGUCACUAGGUGGUGCCAAAGAGAAAGCCAGAAAGACCAAAGAUGUUAAAAGUAGGAAUAGUGUCUCCGGUUUCCAGGGUAGGACUGUCGGUCACUAUUAAAAAACAACAAAAAAAUAAAUUUUAGGGGUCAGGCGAUGGUGGUACACACCUUUAAUCCCAGUGCUCUUGGGAGGCAGAUCUCUGUGAGUUCGAGGCCAGCCUGGUCUACAGA